GGACCCUUGGCUGUGUGUAGCAGACAAAGCGAGCCGAUGUCCGAGCGAGGAGCUGGAGCUGAUCAGGAUGGCUAGCCGAAACAGAGCUAUGGAUCGCUCUAGAAAGCAAGCAGAAAGUUAAACAAAAUCUCUUCAAGUCGUCAGAUGGCGCCAAAAUCCUAGCUUGUUGACUACCUAAUACUUUCUCAGUUAACUCAUCAUGAGCAGUCACACCCAGGAGCCACUGGCCCAUGGGGGCUCCUUUGGCAGUGGGUACACACUGCCAUCCCGCCAGUUACCUGCCUCUGACCCUGUGAUAUCCAAAAGAGUGUGUUUCUACAAAAGUGGGGAUUACACAUUCAAUGGACAUCGUAUGGUCAUCAGUGCUCGUACUUUUAAAACCUUUGACGCUCUUCUGGAUGCUCUAUCUAAAAAAGUGCCUUUGGCUUUUGGAGUGAGGACAAUAACCACCCCGCGUGGAAUACACUUUGUAAAAGGCUUGGAUGACUUGCAUGAUGGAGGUUUGUACGUUUGUUCAGACCAAAAACGUGUCAAACCUAUAAACCUGAAGGAACUGAACCGACGACAAGUCCCUUGGAAUACUACCAGGCCAGUCAGUGCAAGACGGAGGCGCCAGGGAGUAAUUAUACAGACUAUGAGAAAAGUCACAGAGAGAGUGGCUAUCAGGACACCAAAGAGACUUGAGGUUAUUAAGAAUAAAGAUCCCAGUGUUAGACGGACAAUCAUCUUACAGAAAAGAACUGCACCAACGUUUGAUGCUUUGUUGGAUUAUCUUUCUCAAAUUCUGCACUUCCCUGUGCUAAAACUAUACUCCACAGAUGGAAGAAGGAUUGAUGGACUCGCUGCUCUCAUCUUGUGCUCUGGAGUCAUUGUGGCAGCAGGCAAUGAAGCAUUCAGGCUGGCAAACUAUAGAUUUCAGAGAAAUAGCCAAACGGCACAGGCCAUCUUUAGGGAGACAAGUGAAACAUCUAUCCCGCAACAUCAAGACUACAACAAUAAAUCCCCUGUGUAUGGAAAAGGUUCAAGAAAAUUCUCUCAAUCUUCAGAACGUUACAUUGUGAACCAAAUAAAAAAAUCCAGAUAUGGAAUCUUGGAUAGCCACUGCGUUCCCAAUGGACCAGUGAACCCAGAGACAGCUAUAGAAUCGUGUGUAAACUCUACAGUUGAGAAUCAGUGCCACACAUCCAUUAUACCUCAGGAUGAAGACAUUGAGAAGUCUUUUCGUGUAAAUCAAGAUGGGAGCAUGACAGUUGAGAUGAAAGUUCGUUUGAAAAUAAAGCAAGAGGAGAUGCUUCAUUGGACUACAACACUUAGCCGAUCCAGCAUUAGCAAACAACCUGCCUACCCCAUGAUUUCUGAAUCAGCUAACACUUCACCUGACUGCAAUAAUACAAUGGACAAAAAACAUAAUGUCUGUGAAGGAGAGACAAAAGAGGCAAAUCUUCCCUCUGAAACAAAAAGCAGCGUUGGAUUUAUUGAAGAGAAAUUAUCUAAUACCCCUGAAGUUAUUGAAAGAAAAUCCACUUUUAGACGUGCUCCAACACCAGGUCCUCGACAAAAUAAAAAAAAAGAUGAGGAAAUUAUACCAAGCUCAGAAGUGCAAGAAUUCGACCAAUAUACUUAUAUGAAAAGAACAUCUGAUAAUGAUACAACAGAGGAGUACCAUGUGGUCCGUCAUAACUGUAGUUGCAGUAAUCAGCCUGCCCCAAAACCAAGAAAAAAUACUUUAAACAAUGGAGUAGCUGAGGUUCUCCAAGUUGAACAUAACGGAUUUGGAGUUAAAGAGACUGUUAUGCAUAUUUAUGAAAGCCAAGGCUGCUACAACGCUUGUUUUGUGAAUGAGCAAUAUAGUGGGGACGGUGUGCCUUUGGAUGGUUCCUCCCCUGUGGUAAGGCCAGCCAAUGAUGGGAGACAAUCUUCAAGCAAUGAUUGUGAUAUUGAUUCUUGCUGGCAGCCACCUGUUGUUGACCCAGUGCAGCAUCAAAACGAAGAGAUUUUGUCUUUAUCCUCUGAGCCACUGUCCACCUCUUGUAAGAUUACAAAUAAGGUUUCCUCUAUGACAGACAAUUUAGCCCAAAUCAUGCCCCUACAAGACAACGUAACAACAGAAAAAAAAGGAGAGAGGAAAAGGAUUGCUAAACAUACAGAGAAGCCAAAAUCUGUAGGUAGUUUUGAUAAAAAGCCAGAAAACAUUGUAGGCCCUUCGAAAAAUAGUAAAAAGACAUUGUCUGAUAAAUUAAGCAACAAACCUAGUGUUGGUAAAAAGAGUUCAACGGAUAGUGUUAAAAAUGGUCAAAAAAGUAAAUUAAGCGAAAAAAUGCAAGCGAAGAAAUUAAUUGGCGACAAGUCAUCUAUUAAAGAAAAAGUUACUACAGAAAUCAAAACAAGAAGUCCAACUAAAGUAGCCCCAUACAAUGGCUAUAAUGUAAAUGUUCCAGACACAAAGACUGCUACAAAUAAAAUGAAAAAGAGCAUAUCAGAUAUUUUGAAGCCUAAAAAGUCUCUACCAACAAGCCAAAAGACACUUAGCUCAAAAUCUAAGUCGGUAAAUAAAAAUCUUCAUUCCUCCAAGAAGUCUGUAGAAGCCAAUCAGAGUAGUGUGCUCUUACCCUCUGCCAAUCCUUCACCGUCAGAAAUUCAUCACUAUGUAGAAAACUGGUUGGAAAAAGUUAGUCCGGAAGCAGUGCCAUACUUGGAUGAAGACCUGAAAUCUGAAAGCAAAGUUGAAUUUCAAUUAGGUGAUGAUUCUGAAGGCGAAGAUAAAAAUCAAAGUCAUUUUUACAUAGAAAAUAGUACUACUACUACUGAGGAUAUUAAGAAAUCAGAUUCUAGUCUUUCAGUGCCUGUUUGCCAAGGAGGGUCAAUGCAAAGUGCUGUUUCAAUGCCAACGGUUAGCGAAGUUUCUCAAAAUGUAAAGAUAAAAUUGCAUAAAUCUGACAUGGCCAUAAAUUGUGUUAGCGAUAUUACUUCAAGCCCUAAAGACAAACUUGAACCAGUCAUCCGUCAAAUUUGCACAUCUGUUCAAUCCAUUAAUAGAACUGCUCAUUCUAACCCCUUACCCAAUAUCGCAAAAUCCACCAGUCUUCCGGACUUCCCGUCACAAGUGGCAUCAGUAUUUGGCUCCUCAUGCAAAACGUUUCUGUCAUUUUUAUCAAUAAUGACUUUGCGAGACAGUCUAACAGGCUUUGCGCCCAGUCAUGGCAGUAAUCCAAGAAUCUCCUCAGAGGCUAUGCUAAUGAUGGAGUCCUUGCAAAAAAUAUCCACCAUUGACAAUGAGAAAAAACAGAGAGCAAGUUUGUCCGAUUUGCAAAACAAGGCCUCUUCUCAGUUGAAAGAGCAAUGGCAGCAUUAUCAGAUGAAGAGGGGGAGGUCUGAAAGUGAACUAUUAUCCUUUAAAAUAUCAGAAUCUGACAUGGAUGUUGCCUGUAAAAACAUGAAUGAACUCGGUGAUGAGCAAUUGGGCAUUAAUGAAAUUAUGGACGAGCUUAACAUGCCAGCAGACAUAAGAGCGGAUAUUUCCACAGCGAUCCAACAAGCUAUUAGUGUUUGCCAGAGUUCUAUGACAGAAAUCCAACAAAAUCAGUUUGCAUUGAGGGAAGAACCAAUUUUAAACUUAUCAAAUGUGAGAGACGAGUCAAACCAAGAAACAGAAUUUGAGGAAAUCUUUCAAAGAGAAACUAUUGGAAAGGAGGAAAAAAGUGCUCGAGAUGAGGAAGAGGUGGCAAGCCAAGAGGAUGGAGAUGCAGAAAACUUGUAUGGUUCACUUGACAAGGCUAUAUCAUUAAAAGGUCAAAGUUCAGAAGAAGUAAAUAAGGAAGUAGAGAAAGAGAGUGUCCGUGCAAAACAAGUGGAUUUGCUUGAUGAUGUUUUGAAAAAUGAAAUUACAGUUGAAGAUUGUGAAAAUAGAGGGGAGACAGGAGGAGAUAGGGAUAGAGUGGAUAGCACAGGAGAGGAUGAACAAACUGAAGUGAUUAGUGAGAAAAAUGACUUGGAAUUGGAAGAGGAAGGAGAAGAUAAAGAUCAAUUUGAAAACAUUGACAGUAAUGUUAUUCAUGGUGGAGAAGUGGUUUGUGAGGAAGUCGGAGAGGAACGCAACCGAGGAUCAGAUCAAGACAAUUAUUCACCAGAGGAAGCACCAAAAUCUGAAGAUGACAUGAUAAACAAUACAUGUGAUUAUCUAGGUGAUAAAAAUGAAAGUGAGACAGUUGCUAUAAUUGGUGAGAUGGAUGAGAAGUGUGAACAGGUAAGCGCAGGGAGUGUCCCUGAAGAUGCCACUUCAAACAAUGUCUUAGAAGAAGUUUUAUAUUUGGGUUGUGAGAGCAGCAGCUGCGAUGAAGUAAAAUGUGAAAGCUUGCACGAUUCAAGUGUUAAAUCGACAAUCAAAUACUCGUCUGAGGGUGGAUGUGUUGAAAAUAAAUGUAGUGGGAGUCAUAGUGUUAGUGAACUUGAAACUGAGCCUGGGGAGAAUUGUAGUUUCACUAAUCUAGUUGAAAUAUCACAAGAAUUAUUAGAUUUAGUGAACUCUGCAUUACAGUCUUCCUCGCUUAUUUUUACAUAUGAUUCCCAGGGCACUGUCAAAGUUGCACCAAACGUAAAUCCUCCUGGAAAAUCUGAAAGAGACAGUUCGUAUGGUUUUAAAUGUCUUCCUAGUCCAAAUACAUCAGAGAUAACUGAUUAUAGGUCAGAAUCUUUUGAAAGUGGUGGCUAUAAAACACAGGACUCCUUGGAUAUUGUUACAGAAGGUGAAGAUUUCGAUGAACCUUUUCCGGUGUACAAGCAUUCAGCGAAUAAGGAAAAAAUUAUUUCAAAUGAGCAAGGAAGUUUGAAGAGAGGGGACUCCAAAUUGUCACAUGGGACUACUAAAAGCAAGGGCAGCCUUUCUUCCAAUGACUCAGGAACCAAAAUCUCAAGGGAGGACUUGUCUGAGGUGAGCACCGCUAGCUCAUUAAAAGCAGACAUUGUUCAAACCCCUUCGUCUGUUGCUGGAAAACACUCACCUGAUGGAGUCCUAAUUGACCACGGUAGAUGGCUACUCAAGGAGAAUCAUCUCAUUAGAAAGUCCCCUCCAGAGUCUUCAGGCAUGUACGGACAUUUAGACAACACUUCAAUUGAUACGAGUGUAGCAGAGGAUUCCCCAACUCAUUACCAAGCUAACCCUCUCACAGCCUUAUCAUCAUCUGAGCUAGAAGAAAUGGCCAAGCCUGCAACUCCAAAGUGCACAUAUUACAAUAUGCCACAUGGGAGCGAUUCUGAUCCCUUUUUAGAUGAUGCAAGUAUUAAAAGUGGUAAAAAUGUGGUUAGAGAUGUCAAAGUUGAGCCCCAAGUUAAUACAACAAAAACCUGGGCAAACAAGAAUGGUAGUCUUUCCUCCUUUGCCUCAGUGGAGUUUAAAAUGUCAGAUAGAAAAGUGCAUCCUGAGGGGGAGUCCUCAGCUGUAGUGCAGGCAAGAAGGACAUCUAGUGGAGAAUGGAGUGUAGUGCAAGCCCAUGACUCAGGGGAGACACUGCAGUGGAGAUGUAACCAGUACUGUCCAAUAUUGUGAUAUGUGUUGUGGGUAA